CGGCCACGUUUGCUGCCGACUGCGACGUCAACUUGGCGGUUGGAGAGGACGAGGAAGAGAGGCAUGUGUGUGGUUGUCGCGGUGGGCCUCCUGGUGAUCGGAAUUGUCUUGCUGUCGUUUGGCAGUUUGAAUGUCACGUUCAAAGCCCAGAGGGUGCAGCUGGCGCAGCCACAGCUUCCAACUCCUGCCGAUCCCGCAGCGUACGCGGCUUUCCUGGCGAGCCCCAGUCUGGGCUACCAGUUUCAAGAGCCACAGUCGACGAGCUUUUACGUGUUCAACGUCACGAACAUCGAGGACGUUCUUCAAGGGGCACUGCCAGCGCUGCAUCAAGUUGGGCCAUAUGUGUACACCGAGACGUCCGAGAAACUCAGCGUCGCAGUCUCGUCUGGUACACCUGCAACAGUGUCGUACCGCGUGCGGUCCUCCUUUCAAUUUGAUCCGCUUCGGUCGAACGGGUCCGAAGCAGACGUUGUCACGAGCGUCAAUGUUACGUACGCCCGGACGUUGGCUAAAUUGGCAGCUGCGGGUUUCUCCGAGCGGACGCUUGCCGCAUCCUUUGCACACACCCAGCUCUCGUCGCUCGAGUCGUUCUUCCGUGGGCCGUUCCUUGCCCAGACAAAGCAGAACGCGUUGGGACCAUACUUGAACUCGAUGGACGACGCCGUGCGCAAAGCCGCGUUGCCAUCGGCGCUGUCAUCGUUUCGCGCCAAUGUCGCGUCGCAAUCGUUGCCCCAACACACGACACACCUGAUAGCGCACGUUCGGCAAGCUCGCGUCCCGACAAUGCUCACCUCGCUCUACGACAGCUUUCUCGUCCAGUACAUACCAGCCACGCUGACUGCGCAGUACGAGUCCCUGUCUCGGCUGAGCGUCCCGCGCGUUCUGUCCAACGUAGUCAACCGGUUGACGGUCGAAGUCGUGCCGACCGUGACUCGAACGCGCAAGCGUCUGCUGCGGCAGGACGCGACGCCCGCGGUACUCUCGACGAUGCUACCUCGCGUUCUUGCCAACAUAGCGCCUCCUUCCAUCUUGCGAAGCUACAUGGAAGCGGCUCGUUUUGAAGCGGUGCCUUCGAUGCUGAACACGAUCAAGAACGAACUCGUCCAAGCGGCCGUGUCCCAGAGGACGUCGCCAGCCGCCGCACGCCAGCAGAUUUUGCUGCAGUGGAGUCUCCAUUCGUUGUCCAGUUCGCCGGCGACGUGGACAAAUGUUGAUUCGCUCGUUGGAGGGACACCGACAGGCACGGCACGAUAUGGAUUUGAACUCAACUCGAUUCCGACGGUCGCCAACUCCACAGCGUCUCGGGCAUUGAGCGUCGACGUCGCCGCGUUGUUGUUUAACGAGAAAGCGAACGUUGAGUUCUCGCUCCUGACGUACGACCCGGCAGACUUGACGCGAGGAUUUGGACUCUGGAAGCGCGCCGUCGCGAUGGACACAGACGCUAUUGCAACGCUGCUUGCCGGCGUCAACAACGAAGUCGCGACGCAAAACGACUACCUGACCAUGGCCCAACUCGACGGCAUUCGAGAGUACAUUCUGUAUUGGAGCCAAAGCUCCAUCCUCCAACGCGACAGGGAGCGGUAUUGGGCUCAGCAGUACGCCAAGCGAACGGCGAACAGCAACGCUGAGCCAGAUGUGGACCUGGACUUGGGCACCGCUGGUAUGCAAGCCGGAUUUUCCGUCAUUGCGAUCGGCGGGACGAACCUCGGGCUGUCGGAAGCUACGAUUGCAAGCCUGUGGGAUGCGACCGUCGCGCCGUCAUUCUUGAGUCCCCAAGGCUUUAUUCAAUGGUCCAUGGCCAUCGCUGGCGACGGCACGGCCAAAACGGCCAUAGCGACUGCAUUUGGACUGACCACGCCGCAAUUGACCCAACUCGUGGGGUGGCUCGGCGGUGUCGUCGCGAGUUCGACUCUUCAGCGACAGGCAGUUCGCCAUUGGGCGCGUGGGGGCACGCCACCGUCACCAUUCAACAACUUAACGCAGUUGGAGCUGUUCAACUUGGAGCCGUCCAUUUCGUCGGUUGUUGAGCACGGUUUUGAACUCUCGUACGAUCCCAACCUCUUGUGGCCCGAUGCGUUGGCGGAAGCCCUCUGGACAUCGUCGCACCCCAACGCGUUUGUGACGGCAAGUGGAUUCAGCCUUUGGAAAGCUGUUACGGUCAGCCCCACUGGCUUAGCGGACAUGACAUCCGCGCUCAACGCGCUAGGGAUGGGCACAAUCUCGGAGGACCACGUCCGCCAGGUAUCGUCGUGGCUGCAAAGAUGGGUCGACCAUGCGCUUGUCGAGCAAGCAAUCCAUCAAUGGUGGCGCGAUCCGGCAUCGUUCCCGUUCUUGCCGAGUUCAGCUCCUUUCGUGAUAAAUCGACCAACGCUGUCUGCUGCAGCGACCGACGCGCUGUGGGACGCUUCCAGCGACAUCUCGAUCAUCAACCCGACGGGUUACAGGCGGUGGAUGCUUUCAUCGACGACGCAUGCAUCGCUCCUGACGUCAUGGAACACACAGAUCACGGUUGCGUGCUCGGGCUUGCGAGGAGGCACAAACUCAGCUCUGUUUUCAACCGUCUUGACGUCAAGUUGUGGCGCGGCGACACUCGCGGACGUCGCGGCGGUGCAAGCGUAUGUCCAGCAAAUGUCCCAAGAUCCCCACGUGUCGACCGCGCUACUGGCUCAGUGGCGAUGCGGGACGACCGAGCUGUGGGAUGUUGAGCCCUACCGGAAUGGAUUGCAAACAGGAUGGGAACUGUGUCGGAAUCUGUCGACGUGCGGGCUCGCGUCCUCCAACGGCACGGUCUGCCAAGUCCCAACCGCGGCAUUGCAAGUGUGGAAUACCGCGUCCGCGGCAUCGCUCGUGAACCCCAUCACGUACCAAAACGUGUGGCUUCCGCUUCUAGCCGCGAGCACAUCUGCAGCGAUCACGUCGGCACAAGCUGCCGUCGCCACUGCAUUUGGACAAGCGCAAUGGCUUCCGUGGAUGGAGGUCGUGUCCCAGUGGGUAACCACGUGGGUUUCAAACGAAGUGCUUGUCCGAGAUGUACUGGGGCUGUGGAUGGGGUCGUCCUGUGGCACCGGGACGCUGGUCGGCCUGCCGCAGACGACCGUGGCAAGUGUAGCCGAUGCGUCGUGCGAGCCCGGAAUCGUCGACAGCUCCAACGAAACGCUGUACAUUAACACGAACUCCGGUGGCCGUCCGUCGGCGUAUUUUUUGCCAGACUAUAGCUUGACCAGUGCAUCGGAUGUCGGCACGAGCAUGACAAUUGAACGGACGCAAGCGGUGACCACGUGCGAUCAUGGAAUCCGAACGACGACAUCGACGUCCCGCGUGUACUCGACCACCACGUGCCUCAUGGCGGACAUCGAUCCCGCCAUGCCAGGCCUUCAACGCGGCUUCGAAAUGAACGCGCCGACGACGACAGCCUCGAUCGAGUUGGUGCAGAAUCUGUGGACUCCAUCAAAGCCGUAUAGUUUUCUCAACCCCACCGCGCUGGAUGGGUACUGGUCCAAAGCUGCGACUGCGCCCGCGAAACUCACGGCCCUCCUGGACAUGAUCCACGUGGACGCGCCUGGUCUGUCCCUGGAUGACUUGAUCACGAUCAAUGCGUGGUUAAAGGCGUGGCGCCACAACGAACUCAUGUCGCUUUUCGUCCUGCGAGGGUGGCUCGCCCCAAACAAUGCGACCAUCGAAACGUUUGAUCUCGAUCCUCGGACACCGACCAUCGACACGGGCUUUGAACUGCGGUGGGAACCAGCCAUGGCCACGACGUCAUAUCCGACCUUGAGUCAGGCGCAGUACCUUUGGCACGACGCAAACGAGUACUCCUUCUUAGCCCCCAACACGGACAACGUCAACGUCGGCUUUGGGGCGUGGGUGCAGGCGUAUACCGGCGAGAUUCCGUCCUCCGAACGCCUUCUGGAUGUGAUGCCUCCACUGGGUCAAACCAGUCGGCGACAUCAAGUCGCAAAUGCCACGAUCGUGGCCAACAUUCAAGCCGCAACGGGACUUACAGCCGCUCAAAUUCAGGCCAUCGCAUCGUGGUUGCUGUCAUGGCCAGACCAUUCGUUCCUGUGGCGGGAUGUCCUUAGUCAAUGGUCGACUCAAACGACGCAGUUUUCGGAUUCCCCGGCGCGAUGGAACGUAGCGUCCGUGGACACGACGGGAGGAUCGGCCAAUUUGAGUGGGUUUGAGCUACCCGUGCCUGUGCCCGCGGGAGUGUCGAUCUCGAUGGCGCAAGCUAGACUCCUCUGGGACAUCUACACUCCAUACUCGUUCUUGAAUCCCAAGAUGCUAGUCGUGUGGUGCUUUGCGUCUGCCUCGGUUGCGACGGGCUGUCCGCAUUUGGUCGACGUGACCGGAACCGUGACCUUGGGCUCACUGCAAUCGCUGGGCGCUACACUCACGGCAUUCCAGUCAUCCGUUUACUUAGGAAAAGCGUUCGCGGCCGCAACGCAACCACCGGGCGACCGCGCGCGAAACUUUCUGACUGUCGUGUCCGGCCUUUCCGCAUCGAGCGUCGUAGCGGUCGCCAACUGGUUCACCCGGCUGCCGACUACUUCGACCGCGUAUCAGUACUUGAUGCUUCUGCGAUGGCAACAGCCCAUCUUGCCUCUCGACCCGCGAUUGGUCGGCUAUGAAGUCGCGUAUGUGUUCAACACCACGACAAGCGUGGGCCGAAACGUUAUGCCCGCUUCCAUCGUCGACAACGUGGUCUGUCCUCCGCUUUCUACCGACCUCGCGCGCCGUGUAUGGGACCCCAGCGACUCGUUGUCCUUCAUCAACACGGCUCGCCUCUCGGCGUGGCUAGAGCCAACACCGACGAUGCCAGGCUUAUCUGCGUGCCAGGUGGACCAAAUCCGGCAAUGGUUGACAUCAUGGCAAUCCCAUCCAUGGUUGCGACAGCUUGUCGAGUCCAAGUGGUUCACGUCGUGCUCGACGGUGUUGCCAUGUGCGAAUCUCACCGAGAGCCUCUUUGACCCGCAGCGAGGCUUUGAAGUUGGGCUUGGGCCGUCGGCCAACUUUUCGACGUGGCAAUCGAUCGCUCAGAUCGUAUGGGACCGAGAUUCUCCGCUGUCGUUCUUGCAUCCAUCUGGGUGGAAGGUGUGGCGCACGCUGCUAACGGGCUGCGCGACAUCGAACGUGACGACCGGUCAGUGUGCUGCUGCGGCAACGGCACAGACCUCGCCAACAGCGCUAAAUUACCUCACCGCAGCAGUCCGAGGCAUCGUUCGCGACAGUAAGCCCGCCGACGUUCAAGAAGCCAUCUAUACCAUCGGGUAUGUCUGGUUGCUGCAGCUUCUCGACUCGCAAGACUUCUACCGCUACUUGAAUCAGCGUGUUGGUGCCCCUCCCUCCAGUGCCAUCCGGGGUUUGGCGACGCAGCAAUGGAUCAAUGGGACAGUGCUCAACUCGACUGCAGUUGCCAGCCAAGCUGAUGUGCGGACGACGGACGCAUGGAACGCAACAAUCCAAGCAGUGGAGACAGUCGCGUUGCCCACGAUGGGUGGGCCUCCGGAGCUGAUGACAUUUUGCAAUCGACGCAGCAGCACGGAGCCGUCCUGUUCGUUGGGCACUGGCUACGUGAUCGACGACGAUGCAGCCUCGGCCAUGCUUUCGCGAUUUACCGACCAAACCAAGGUUUCUGUCCACGGGUUGACUUUCGCCCGAGGCGUCGUCGUGCUUGACGUGUUUUUGGCUCAGCCAUUCGGGACGCUGGACGAGUGUGUAUCGCAUGCAGCAUCGCUCGGCAGCAUGUUUUCAACUCCGACACCAACUCCCGCGACGAACGCGACCGCCAACUCCACCAACACCACCAACUCGACCUCGAUGUGCUACCAGUACUUGACGCAACAGUCGACGCCAUUGGAUCAGUUCGCCAUCAACAUCGCGCCCCUGCCAGCGGUGUCCCUGGCGCAACUCAGGGACUGGCAAGCCUACCUGUGGCAUAUUGCAACAAAAUUGGGAUACGACCGGCCGUCCGUGCUGCCUCAUGGGAGCUACUUCACGCACCAAUCCAUACGUAGUUUGCUGUGGGCAAAUCCCGCCACGGACUCUGUCGCACCGACGUCGACGCUUCCGCUUCCAAACAUUGAGUUUCCAGUAGCCGAGUCCCUCGCCCAGCGAACGCCCCUCGUCGCCAACGUGACGGCCAACCAAACCACGACGACGAUUUCGUUAGGUCUAUCGUCCACCAAGUACGGCUGUGUGAUUGCUCAAGUUGCUUCGGCCUCCACUGGCCCACGCAGUUCGAUCGAGUACCAAGAUCCGUCCUGUGGGUACACGGACGGGUCGGUUUUUCCGCCGGGGGCGCCAUCGUCCCUGUCGUUCUUCUGGAGCUUUGGCCGGCAAGUCCUGUCGCUGUCGUUCUCCACGGUGACCACACGUUUUGGCGUCGCUCUCCGGCGAUACGUGUGGCCAACAGCGUGGCUCCGCUUCAAUCCGGCGCUCUAUGACGACCUCCCCGUGACGCUCACCUCUCCACAUCUGUACAACUUGUCGUCUCCGGCCCUUCCGUUCGCCUCGGGACUAACCCCGGACGCGCAGACGCACACGUCGGUCGUCGACGUCGAGCCGUUGACUGGCCUCGUUUUGCACAGUCGCAUCAACUGGCAGGUCAAUGUCCAGAUUGGCCCGACGACCAAGUGGUUUCCCAACGUUACGGCAUCGUUCCUGCCCGUGUUUUGGUUCCGCCGAGAGCGGGCUGCUGCCGCGUCCGCGUUUUCAUCGUACAUGGACCUCACGGAUGCUGGGCCGUUUGCCCCGGAGAAAGUCGCGAUCUGGGAAGUGGUAUGGGGCGUCCUAUUCGUCGGCGCCUCGGCCGUCCUCUUUCGGCGGAUGCAUCUCACGCGACAGCGCAGCGUGCGGCUCAUUCAACCCGACCACGUCGACGGAUACAGCUCAGCCAACGUCGACGCGCUCAUUCACGCGACUGCUGACGACGGCAAGCGGCAGCAGUAGCCGCGUCUGCACUUCUUGGACAUACACCACAACACUCCGACGGCAUUGCAAGCCGUCGGACGUGGAGCUCGUUAACAAAAUCGACGUUAUAACAAAACACAACUCGACCACGUGUGUCUUGGCCAAAGGCUCGGUGCACUAAAUGUCGAGCAAGGAAAAGUCGUUGGCGUAGGGCGUGCCAAGCGUGUACAGAUUUGGAUGCAGGAUCGACGCGAGGAUCUCGAGGCCGUCGACCAACGCGGGAGACGCUCCGCUAAAGAGCCGAUUGCCGUCGAAUGCCCACACGCGAUGGGAUCGCACCGCCGGGAUAUCACGCCACCCGGGUUUGGAACUCAGGGUCUCCGUUGCAUCCUUGAUCGUUCGCGCCAGGUCAAACCCACAUGGCAUGAUCACGAGCACUUCAGCCCCCGCCUGCAACCACAUUGCCACAAGUAU